AACCUGAACAUACCACCACUUUAACCGGUUUAACCUCCGCUACCCACUGAAGACUUCUGCUGUGUGUCCUGAGAACCUGUUUGAGUUUCUCUGAUCAGAUCCUCGGUCAGAUUCUGGGAUGUGUAUACCCGGCCCUACGUGUUCGUUAUCUGAGUGUUUUGAUCCAUCUGUAAAAAUAUUAAGAUAAUUAUAGUAACUUUUCUUCACAUACUCUUGAACCAUGCACCCAGUGUUAUUAUUCCUCUCUGCCCACUCUCUCCUCUUUUCUAAUAUUUGCAGAUUUACUUUGGGUUGUGGAAAUAUCCGUGGGGAAACGCUGCUAUGGAUAACUGCUGGACUGUGUUGUAUAGUAUCUCAUUGUACUGUUUCACUUUCUUGUUAAUGUCCCAGCCAAAACCUUUACCAGAAAAUGUUGUGUAUUCCCAAAGUUGUUGCUAUGGUUACCUGCUGGUAUGUCUGAUGUGCUGCACUUUGCUCAGGUGGAAGUGAAGGUGAAGCAGCAUUUGGGCGUCAGAGGUAAACAAAAAAAAAGGGUAAACCGUUUUCUUGUCCUUGUGUGUGUGUGUGUGUGACACCCUGCCACGUCGUCCUAAACGGUCUGUGUAACCACACCUGCUCCGCCCCUCUGGAAGAGAGCUCACUGUGCAAAUCCACACUGUUAAAGUAAAGCAGUCCGUCUGUUGAACUGAUAAUGAAGUUCAGACAUAAAGCUGCUCGCUCGCCUUCAAACACGGAGAAGAUGACCUGCAGCAUCCUGCUGCUCAUCACCCUGACCUCCUGCGUCUGUGGUUCGUUUCCACCUGCAGCAGGAACAUUUGUAGUGAAUGUGACACAGAGCUCCUAUCAGGCAGAGGAGAACGAGGACAUCACACUGGAAUGGACGUUCACAACCAAACCUGACAGUUCAAACUCCCUUAAUAUCUUAUGUGAACUGAUUACUGAUCACAAGGCCUCAGUCCUGUAUCAUCUGUAUGAAGGUGUUGAGGUCCCAGAGUCUCAGGAUGGACAGUUUGCAGGACGAGUCCAGUGUGACAGAGACGUCCUCAGAGAAGGACGACUCAGACUUCAUGUGUCCAGACUCAGGACUGGGGACUCGGGCCUGUACCUGUGUGAAGUGAGCACAACUUAUGGUGGCAGCAUUGGUAAAAGCAGACUCAAUGUCACUGAUGUGUUUGGUCUCUUUACAGCAGCGAGGGAUCGGCCCGAACCUGAGAGACCAAACACAGAAAGUCGGGGAAUGAUCGUCCUCUACUGUGGACUGGGACUGACAGCAGCAGCAGCUGUGCUGGGUGUUUGUUACUGUUUAUUCAGCCACUCUCAGCCUGGUGAACAAAGUCCACCCAGUCAGUCUCCAGUGAUGGAUCUGAGCAAAGUUGCAGAUCAGCAGAUGGAUCAGAGGAAACAGUUUGAUCAACAAUGUAAACGAGACAAGACUGUUAGAAUUCAACUUUAUACCACGGACACAGAAAAUACCAGUUUCCCAUUGGCUGGCAGGGAGAAGAUGACCUGCAGCAUCCUGCUGCUCAUCACCCUGACCUCCUGCGUCUGUGGUUCGUUUCCACCUGCAGGUUAUUAUCCAGAAAGAGAAAAGACUAAAUACUCUUUCAGCCUCACUAACAGAGCAGGAACAUUUGUAGUGAAUGUGACACAGAGCUCCUAUCAGGCAGAGGAGAACGAGGACAUCACACUGGAAUGGACGUUCACAACCAAACCUGACAGUUCAAACUCCCUUAAUAUCCACUGUGCACUGAUUACUAAUCACAAGGUCUCAGUCCUGUAUCAUCUGUAUGAAGGUGUUGAGGUCCCAGACUCUCAGGAUGGACAGUUUGCAGGACGAGUCCAGUGUGACAGAGACGUCCUCAGAGAAGGACGACUCAGACUUCAUGUGUCCAGACUCAGGACUGAGGACUCGGGCCUGUACCUGUGUGAUGUGAGGACAACUUAUGGUGGCAGCUUUGGUAAAAGCAGACUCAAUGUCACUGCCAGUGAUCGGCCCGAAGCUGGGACACAAAAGCCAACAAGCCAGGGAGCGACCACCUGCCACUGCAGAUUAGGGAGAAGAUGACCUGCAGCAUCCUGCUGCUCAUCACCCUGACCUCCUGCGUCUGUGGUUCGUUUCCACCUGCAGGAACAUUUGUAGUGAAUGUGACACAGAGCUCCUAUCAGGCAGAGGAGAACGAGGACAUCACACUGGAAUGGCGCUUCUCGUCCAAAGCCAACAUUUCCCUCCCCUCACUUAAGAUCCACUGUUUGUUUGUGUUACCUG